AUGGACUUGCUGUUGAACAUGACGGAUUACUACCCUUCGGUUUACUACCCUUCCGUUAACGCCACUAACGGCUCCGGUUUGAAAGACACAGAAGACUAUAACCAGUUCGUGCAGCCGGUGUGGCAGAUCGCUCUUUGGGCAGUCGCCUACUGCAGCAUGGUGUGCGUCUCCAUGAUCGGUAACCUGGUGGUCAUCUGGAUCAUCCUCGCGCACAAACGCAUGAGGACCGUGACCAACUACUUCCUGGUGAACCUAGCCUUUGCAGAGGCGUCCAUGUCUGCCUUCAACACAGUGAUAAACUUUGCCUACAGUGUCCAUAACGAGUGGUACUUUGGUCUGGGCUACUGUCGCUUCCAUAACUUCUUCCCCAUCGCAGCUGUCUUCACCAGCAUAUACUCCAUGACCGCCAUAGCACUGGACAGAUACAUGGCUAUCAUCCACCCCUUGAGGCAGAGGUUGUCUUCGACAGAGACCCGUGUAGUGAUCGGAGUGAUCUGGGUUUUAGCUCUACUGUUGGCCUUCCCCCAGUACUUCUACUCAGCUACAGAACAGCUGCCUGGUAGGACUGUCUGCUACAUCCAAUGGCCCGACUACACCAACAACACAACCAUGGACUUCAAGAAGAUGUACUAUUUGUCUGUGGUGAUCCUUUGCUAUUUCCUGCCGCUGUGCAUUAUGGGAUGUGCCUACCUGGUGGUGGGCUUGUCCCUGUGGGCGGGGACAAUCCCUGGAGACUCCACCCACCGCUACCGAGAACAGCUCAUCGCCAAACGCAAGGUAGUGAAGAUGAUGAUCGUGGUGGUGUGUACGUUUGCGGUGUGCUGGCUGCCGUACCACAUCUACUUCCUGCUCCAGCAGUUCCACCCUGACCCCAUGCAGCUGUUUGAGUGGCGCUACAUCCAGCAGGUCUACCUGGCUGUCAUGUGGUUGGCCAUGAGCUCCACCAUGUACAACCCUAUCAUCUACUGCUGUCUCAACGACAGGUUCAGAGCAGGCUUUCAGCAGGUGUUCUGUUGGUGUCCGUGUGUUCCUGCAGGCUCCUACGAGGGACUGGAACUUAAGUCCACCAGCUACCUACAAACUCAGGUGAGUGUGUACCGAGCCAGCCGGACAGAGACCAGUGUGUCGACGGUUCUUCAGCCCACUGAGGAGGAGUGCUGUGGGGCCGAGCUGCCAGCUAGCGCCCCUAUCAGCCAGACAACUCUGGAGCUCACCUCCAUGGACUCACAAUCAGCCCCAAACACCCCCGACAGCCCUGUUUUUUUGCGGCCGACGCAACAUGGAUUAGUAGCUCAAUAA